AUGGCUUCAAGCGAUUCCCCGCUGGCAUCCUGGGAGACUUUUGCCCCUUCUUGGGAUGAAGGCAUGGGGGAUGAAGGAAAUGAAUAUUUCCGCUUUCUAGAACUUCCCAUCUUAGAGAAGCUGAUUGGUAAACUAGAAGGAUGCCGUGCUAUAGAUCUUGCAACAGGAAAUGGUCUUGUGGCUCGCUGGUUAGCUCAGAAAGCCGCUUCUGUCAUCGCAACCGACGGUGCAGCGACGAUGAUAGACCGUGCAAAGGCGCGAACGGACAUCUCCCUAUAUGAAAACAAGAUAUCCUUCCAUCGCCUCGAUGUCACAAACCAGUUCUCUUGGGAUAAUUUCAUGGCGAUCGAUAAUCGUCUGAUGAAUGACGGUUUCGAUGUUGUCACUAUGAAUAUGGCUCUCAUGGACAUUCAGGAUCUGGGGCCAUUAGCAAGAUCUUUGAAAAUUUUGCUCAAACCGAACGGUUGCUUCGUUGCUACUCUGCUUCAUCCGCUAUUUUUCACAUCUGGGGCUGCUCGGCAGAUAGUAGUCCAUGAGGACCCAGAGACUGGUCAGCGAAUUGUCGACCGCUCUAUUGUUGUAAGCAAAUACUUGAAUGUCGCUCCCGCGAGACAAUUGGUUUUGAAAGGGGAAACAGAGUCGCCGUACUUGUUCCACCGGCCUCUUAACCAGCUCUUUGCACCCUUCUUCCAAGCAGGUCUCGUCCUGGAUGCAAUUGAGGAGACCAAUUUCGACGAAGGCUUCCGUGAUCCCCUACGUGAACACGCAUCGAGGAACUUUACCGAAUUUCCGAAAAUACUUGGCUUCAGGAUGAGGCCUAUGUCUGAGAUUUAG